UACAUGAGUCCCGUUUUUAAGACCAAACAAUCUCUUUCUAUCUUCUUCAAUCCAAAACAGAACACUAUUAUUAUAGCAAAUCUCAAACAGAGCACGAUUCAGAACAUAAUAUAUAUAAUUGAUUACUAAGAAUCAGGAAAAGUGAAGAAGCGAAAGAGAGAAGAAGAAGAAGGUCCGAUGGGAGUGGAUUAUUACAAUGUCCUCCAAGUUGAUCGCAGCGCCAGCGAAGAUGAUCUUAAGAAAGCUUAUCGUAAACUCGCCAUGAAAUGGCAUCCCGACAAAAACCCCAACAACAAAAAAGACGCUGAAGCCAAGUUCAAGCAGAUCUCCGAAGCUUACGAGGUUCUAAGUGAUCCUCAGAAGAAAGCUGUAUAUGAUCAAUAUGGUGAGGAAGGUUUGAAAGGGAAUGUUCCACCACCGGGCGCUGGUGGAGCCACUUAUUUCUCUACCGGUGAUGGUCCUACGUCGUUCAGGUUCAACCCCAGAAGUGCUGAUGAUAUUUUUGCUGAGUUCUUUGGCUUCUCUAGCCCAUUUGGUGGUGGUGGUGGAGGGAGAGGUACACGGUUCUCUAGCGGUAUGUUUGGUGAUGAUAUGUUUGCUUCUUUCGGCGGUGAAGGAGGAGGCGGUGGUGGCUCCAUGCAUCACGGUGGACCUAGGAAGGCUGCUCCUAUUGAGAACAAGUUGCCUUGUAGUCUUGAAGAUCUUUAUAAAGGAACCACCAAGAAGAUGAGGAUCUCUAGAGAGAUUGCUGAUGUUAGUGGCAAGACGAUGCAGGUGGAAGAGAUUUUGACCAUUGAUGUGAAACCAGGGUGGAAGAAAGGCACAAAGAUCACAUUCCCUGAGAAAGGGAAUGAACAACCUGGUGUGAUUCCUGCAGAUUUAGUCUUCAUCAUCGACGAGAAGCCUCAUCCGGUCUUCACUCGAGAGGGUAACGACCUUGUAGUCACACAGAAGAUCUCACUUGUUGAGGCCUUGACAGGCUACACAGUGAGCCUGACUACACUUGAUGGUCGGAGAUUGACAGUCCCAGUCACAAACGUGAUCAGUCCGGAGUACGAGGAAGUGGUCCCAAAGGAAGGAAUGCCAUUGCAGAAAGACCAGACUAAGAAAGGCAACUUGAGGAUCAAGUUCAACAUCAAGUUCCCUGCAAGGUUAACCUCAGAGCAGAAGACAGGAGUGAAGAAACUCCUUGGCUGAGUUGAGUAUAACUUCCACAUUCCAAAGAAUAUAAUGUAGAACAGAAGAAAGCAAGAAGAUCAUAGCUUCCGGAUGUUACUGUUGUAGAUCUCAAAGAUUGUGAUUAAAAUACUUUUGGGGCCCUUUUUGAUCGAUUUGUAACAUAUGUACGAUUGAACACUUCAUAAUAAAUUGGUUCCUUUUCCUGUUA